AUUUAUUUUCUUGUUUAUCCGACUACUAGUCAUGUCUAACAAUUCAAAGAGUACUGAAUCUCGAAACAAAUCGCAAACAUCAUGGAAUCCGUUUCGAAAAAUGCUAUCAAUGGUUACGGGAAGAACUGGCUCGGAGAGCAAUUCCAACACUUCUGAUGGCGAGAAAACAAUUUUGAGAUGGACCACCGCCUGUCUCACCACAACGUGCCCCAUAUUCUCGAGAAAUCCCCAAUUCAACAUGAUCUAUUGCCCAGUACCUUCUCUACUAAUGUAUGUAAUCAUCACACUUGCAUCGGAGAAUGCAAUGACCAAGACGUUGCAUAGACUUUUUGAGUUGACUGAUUCAGAUGUUGAUGAAAUCCGAGAAAUGGCUCAAAAGCUCGCGGAGCUCCAACAUCCUAAACAUUUCUACUGCUUUAUUAGAUUUCUGGUAGAUGAACAAGAAACUACUACAGUCAGCAAAGAGCUUAUGAUAAAGAGCAAUGACGUGGCAUUUCAACAAGUAUUUGCUUCAUUCCGUCCGUCUCGUAUUACAAAGUUUCUCAAUUCAUUGACUUUUUCACCAGUUUCCUUGAAUCGCCCAUCUCUGUUGACCACCAAUGGAUAUGGGUCUGCAGGUUUGAAUGCCACGUGGAUUGGAAAGACACGAAAAGCUGGUCUAAACCGUUUUGCAUGUACUUAUCAUAAGAAGAAAAAUGAAGAGUUUUUUGAGAUUCGGACGGCUUAUCGGACAAUUAAUAUGGAACAGUUUCAGGUUUUCGAAAUCCCGUUCAAAUUCGGUCUGUCAUCUGCAUGCUUUGGAAGUCUUUUGAUUCUCCGUCCCCAUCUUAUUGGUAGCCUUCCCUAUGCAAAUCGUCAACUCACCACCCAAUCUCUUUCAAAAAUGCUCGACGAGCUCUACACAGCUCAAUGGAUUACUGAAGGCAGACUUCUUCUUCCACAAUUUUCUGUUGAUAGCUGCCAUGAUUUGUGGAAGAAUUUAAUGAGACAUGGAGUACAACCGGAUUUGGGACAAAGUCAAAAGGCUCCACCAAUGGCUUCACUUUGGCAUUGGGCUCAUUUGAGAGUUGGAAGUGAGGGGAUACGUGGAAAUGUGAUGACAAAGAAGAAUGGAGCAAAGUUGACUGCAUCACAGAAGGCUCUCCAAAAUACAUUCCAUAAUCGUGUAGACUCUGAUUCUCUUCUGAAAAAACAUCAAUCCUACGCUGCCCGUAUUGAUUCUCCAUUUACAUAUCUUGUUAUGGUUCAAGGAAUCCCCAUCUUCACUGGAUCUUAUUUUGGAGCCCCGCCACCGAAAUCAACGGAGAUUUUCAUAAAUGCCCCCGAAAGAAUCCGCCAUCAUCGUACGUACAUCACAAAACACCGUCGAUAUCCAAAAGAGACUCGAAAACAGAAAUUGAUGAGAAGAGUUCGUAAAUCUGAAGACCGAGAAAAGGAAAAGGAUAAGAAAAGAGCACGGAAAGAACAGAAAAAUCAAAAAGUCGAAAAUCUGGAACAAUCUACGACUGCAUCUUCAACAUCAUCACUUUCAUCUCCAGAAAUUACAGUUUCAAAAAAACCAGAAAUAAAAAACGAUGAUAAGAGCAAGUCAAAAGGUUGGAGACAUUUGGCAAAUCGGAUUUUCAAAAGGAAAAAUUGAUUCAACUACAAAACUAUUGGAUAAAAUGAUACUAACCACAUGAAAGUUUUGAGAAUAAAUAGACUUUAAAAA